AUGCGUUUUUCUUACUUCAUUGCUGAAAUCGCAGCUAUAUUCCUCGCUUCCAGUGAUGCUCUCGAGGGUAACCAACGGCUACUGAGGACAGGCCAUUCCACAGUAGCCGAUUUCGAAGAGAGAGGCCCCUUACAGCGACGUGAAGGAGUUGGCGAAAAGUUUUGGGAUCAAUUUGGAGAAAGCAAUGCAAUACCAAAUAGCUCAUGGACUGGGUCUGCUGUUCUUGGGAACACUUGGCAGCCAGCUGGAGCAUGGUCUGCUGAUUUCUUGGGCCGGCGGGCUGAUGACGGCCGGGAUCGUUUUAUUUUCGGGCAGCCUUUAUGCGCUUAG